AUGCCAUUUAUCGUGAUGCUGAUACUCGGAUUUUUAUUUCCCGCAUUCGCUUGGAUCGGAUUCAAACUGACCGAUUUCUUCCAACGGAAAACCAAACAGGAACCAGUCCCAAACCAACCAGACGUUCACCAUUUAGUGGCGACAGUACCCGAAGGCAAAGUUGACAAGCUCGAAAAUGAUGAUCGAUUUAACAAACGAGAAAUCGAUCGAUGUGAAAAGCAAUUUCAAAACCUGAGCACAGUCAUAACGAAUGAUGUGGAAGAAACCCCAAAAGACAAUGAAAAGUUGGAUCAGGGCUUUCAAGAAAUGGCCUCCGAGAGUGAAUGGGAUCGCCACAUAACCGAAUCGCAAUUACGGCAGGAGAAUAACGAUCUGAAAAAGGCAUUGGUGAGCUUGCAGGAAAAGAAUCAACGAAUGGCAGAGGCUCACAAGACUUUUCCCCCGUCAGUUCCGAUCGCCAACAACUUGGCUACUGAAAACCAGUUGUCUAUACUUCAAUCCCGAAUCGAAAAGUUGGAGAAGGAAAAGGUCCUACAUAGUGAAACUGUUUUGGAAUGGGAGGUCGCCGAGUCCCAGCUCAGGAAAGAAAUUGCGGAGUUGGAAAACGUUGUGAGAAACCACAAAAAGGCCCUGUCAAUCAAAGUAUUUGAAGUGGACUCACUGGAACAAGAAAACGAACUCCUGACGCAGAACCUGGAUUCAGUCACCACAAACCUUGAAAUUCAAUUGAACAAAUUAAGCCAUUUGGAUCCUGAGCUGUCUGAUGAGCAAUUCGCCACUUCCUUCUCAUUAGAAACCCAAAACGAGGAAGCCAAACAGGAAGCCACGAUGUGGCGAACGAAAUUCGAAGCUUUGCAAAGCGAAAACCGGAUAAUGUGGCAGAUUCGUGAGGAUACGCUGCGUUCCGGGCAAAAAGCGAAAAGGUUGGCUGACGAACAGCUGGCAGCGCUAGCGGAAGCUCUUACGGCUCUGCAACAAGCCAUUCCGGAUGCCAAAAAAGGAGCUGCGGAAGCGGAGGCAAAGGUGGGCGGGACGUGGGACAAAUUCAAACCAAGCCCAAGUUACGGACGAGACUAUUGGUAUGAUCGGUGGGUUAAGAAGAAAACUGGAAUUCAACCACUAUCGCGAGAAGAACUCGAGUUCAUCAAAUUACUUCAAAGCACAGGAUCCCAAUUGUACAAGAGAGCCACCAUUCUCAAAGAACAUGCAGAAAACCUCAAAGAGAAAGGCAAAGAUUUGAAAAGGAAAGCAAAACAACUUUCAGGAUUGUAA